AUGGGGCUGCUUGCUCUGCUCCAUCUCCAUAUUUUCCAGGCAACCCUGGGCCUCUGCCCCGGCACCGCUGGCGGCCAGGGCGACCCGCACCUUUUUGGCGCGCACGGCGGCCACACCGACUUUCGCGGCCGCGAUAACACGUUCUUCAAUGUCGUGUCUCACCAGAAGAUGAGCGCGAACGUCAAGACGAAGGACGGAGAGUUCCGCCUGCAGGGCGCCACCGUCAAUGGCAGCUGGAUGGUGGAAUUCAAUCUGAUCGCGACAACGCCCGCGGGACUUCUCUAUUGGACCUAUGACGCGGCGAGGAUCUCACCCGCCUCGCUGCUCGGCUUCAGUAACGGCACCUGUGGCGGCGUCCCCUUCAAGCUCACGGGCGCCAGGAUGGGCAACCUCCUGCGCAAUGGGCCCGCGUCUUGCAGGUCUGACCGCAUCUCCGGGCCGGAGGCGCACGCCUGCCCCGGCGUGCGCCUGGACCAACUGUUCACCCUCCUGCGUCCCGAGCGGAGCCUGGUCGUGGCGCCCCACGGCCUCGUUGGGCAGACCUUUGACGGCUCUGACGUCGGGGUGGACGGAGCGGUCGACCCGAAGCCGCAGCUCGGCGAGCGCAUGACCACGAGGGCGAUGGCGGAGGGCUCGAUCGAGGGCGUGUGGCAGGACUACGUCAUGCCCUCGCCGUUCGCGACGGAGUUCAAGUUCAGCCGCUUCGGCGUGACCAAAGCACCUCCUCGCAACGUCACCACGCUCACGGGGCGCAAGUUCAAGUUCGCAGCGGCCGCGUCGUCGACCUCCGCAACGGCCUUCCACGACGAGGGCACCGACGAGAUCACCGAGGCCUCCCGCCGCCGGCUCGAGGAGUCGUGCUCGCCUCCAUCACCGCCACCACCUUCGCCGCCACCACCCGCGGACUCAGAGGUGGCGUCGUUGGACCUGACCACCACCGACUCCGAUGUCAAGGGGUUCAUCGGCGGCUUCAGCGACGAGACCUACGGGUACUUGGUCCCAUUCCACAACGGUAGGUACUUCGGCAGCGUAGACGUGCUGGAUCUGACCACCACCGACUCCGACCUGAAGGGGCUCUUUGGCGGCUUCAGCGACGGGACCUACGGGUACCUGGUCCCAGUUGACAACGGUGCGUACCACGGCAAGGUCGCCCGCUUCUCGCUCUCCGACUUCAGCAGUGUCGAGGUGCUGGACCUGACCACCACCGGUGUCGAACCACCAGCCCGACGCGCACUGCAGACGGCACCGCCACUAACGCUAGACCCCUCGCUAGCGAAGCGGCGCGACCUCACCCUCAGUGGCUCUCUGCUGAGCCGAGCCGUCAACUACACGCUUCGUGUGCUCAGCUGCUAUCCUCCACCUCCAGAUCUCUGUGGCAGCGCGGAGACGAUAGUCCACUUAACGGACGAGCCUCUUGAGGGGCUGAUCGUUACAGCGAGCACUCAAUCGUUGGGGCCUCUUGAGAAGGCGGUUCCUUUGGUUGCUCUCCGAGACUCCAAGCGCGCCCUACAAUCAGAAAUGGAACAGCUGUCUGCUGAUGCGGGUGGCUGA